CCUAGACCAGAACCUAAUAGUAAUAAAUCUGUAUUUAAGUCAAUCAAUGCAUAUUUAAAAGAUCUUGAACAAGAUGUUGUUGAUUUAGCAUGUGAUAUGACUAUUUUUGCAAGAACAAAAAUGUAUAAAAAUAACAACUUAGCUU